AUGGACAAGCAGCUCACCUCGCCGCUCCUCAUCGAGCCCGUCGGACGCGCGACCAAGCUCUCCCCCCAGGCGACGUUUACUUCGCUCCAGUCCUUCCUCGGCACGCUGCAGCCCAGCCCGGCGCGUACCCAGCUCGAGCGGCUGGCGGACGCGCUCGGCGUCGAGACGGGCGCGAUCGCGCCGUCCGAGGAGGCGCGGCGCGAGGCCGAGCGCGUCGCUGCUCGUGCCAAGGCGCGCGCUGAGCGCCGUGCUGAGCGCGAGGCGGCGCGCAAGGCCGCCGAGGAGGCCGAGCUCGAGGCUGCUGUCGAGGACGAGGGCGACAACGAGGCCGCCCACGAGCGGUUUGUCGAGGCUGAGGACGAGGCCGAGGAGGAGGGCCUCGGACAGGCCAACUUUGACGAUGUGGAGGGCAUGGAGGACCGCGGGGACGUCGAGUACGGCGACGUGCCUGAAUCAGAUCACGACGAGCCCGACAACGAGGUCGACAUGGACGAGUAG